CACCAGCAGGCAGAGCCUGCAGCCCUACAGGAAUGCAAUGAGGAGCUUCCCUCGUCACCCUGGCGAGGCAGCCCAGGGCCUGUGCGUGCAGCUAUUUUGGUCCGUCUUUUUAUCACACACUCCCCCCUGUGGAAUUCACCCAACUAAAACCUUGCAAUCUGCAGCCUUCACUCUCAGAGGCAGUAAGCGCUUGGACAGGCCCCUUCCUCAGCUCGCCAUGGCCGCACGGACGGUGCCCCACGCCUACCCCAUGAGCUCAGAGUACGAGUUCGCCAACCCCAGCAAGAUCUACGACCAGAACUUUGGAGAAGGUGUGUCCCCAUGCGAGAUUUUAGCCCCUGCCCUGUACCAUGGCUACUACAUCAGGCCGCGGAUCAACAAGCAGCUGGAUCGAGGCACCUCCGAGGUCAGCGUCAACGACCACAAGUACCAGGUAUUCCUGGACGUCUGCCACUUCCUGCCUGACGAGCUGACAGUGCGCACUGUGGACAACCUGCUGGAGGUGGUGGGGCAGCACCCCCAGAGGGCUGACCGUCACGGCUUCAUCUCCCGAGAGUUCACCAGGACCUACAUCCUCCCACUGGACGUCGACCCCUUGCUGAUGAGAGCCACCCUGUCCCACGAUGGCAUCCUGAGCAUCGUGGCUCCCCGGACGGGGAAGGAGGUGAAGGCCAGGAUCAUCGAGGUGAAGAUAAUCCAGGAGCAGACGGUGGGGCAGGAAGAACUGUCCGAGGAAGGAAAAGAGAAGGAAGAGUCCUAAAGGCCCCAAAGCUGGGCUUGAGCAGGGAGGGAGGGGGGACAGGGAGGGGAAUCACUGUGCCAGGCCCCUAUUUCUCACCAUCAGCACUUAGCAGGGCUGGGAUGCAGCCGUGUGUAUGGCAGAUUUCUGCUUCUUAAGGCUGAUGGUCGGAAGAAGGGGCUUGGAUCUAAAAAAAGAGGGGGACUAACGUGUUCAUGGGAGGGACUCUAAUGCAAGUUUUCUCCUGGGAGCCCACUGAGCACCACGUUCUUCUCUCGCCCCAAAUUGCAAAGGCUGCUCUCACCCAAUGCUCUGAGGCUCUGCACCUGCCCAUGCCAUCCCAGUGCCUUGCUGGUGGCUGGCCUUCGUGGAGCUGCAAUGCUGUAAAGUACCCACAGCUCUUUGGUGGAAAGAGGAAUAAAUCUGCCUCCAAGCUUCUCUCAUUUGCCUUGGACUCACACUGCUCCUGACCACACUACUCUGCAGCAGGAAAGAUGGAUGACACCUUGGUGGCUUGAGAUGCGAGGAGCAGAGCAGCGGAGAGUUCAAGCUGAGCUCAUCUGGAGAAAAGUCCUGUAAAUGAGAGUUUUGCCCCUUUUGCAGACAUGGUGAUGCUACCGGCUAAAUGAGAAACGUAUUCACAGCCCUGUGACGUGGGGCUGGGGAUUGAGUGUGCUGCUGUCAGCAGCAGCUGCUGCCCAGCCGGCCCCAGGGUUCAGCAGGCAUCAGGCACAAUCCUUGUCAGUGCCAAUUAAAGCGGAGAGAAUGCUGUGUCACCAGCCAAAUAUGGGGGCCCUGGCACAGCUCAGUGCAGCCCUCCUAUGGGAGAGAGAAAAGCUCCGAGGUCCCGAUGGACGAGCCUCUUCUUGCAAGGAUGUGGCUACAGUCUUCUGCACUCCUCUCUGAGCAAGGAGGGCCAGUGAAUACUUCAGAUGAUGCCAAAAUAAAAAUCACCUUUACAACAGGUUUUGUCUAGGUUAUUAGUAAUAAUUCCAGAGAUAAUCCUGUGCUAGUGACUUCCAGUCACCUGCUUGUAAGGGCAAGAACUGACUGGUCCUUCAGGAGCGGACUGCCCUACUGUGUGCAGCCCCCAGCGCAUCCUGUACGUUGAGACCACGGACCCCAUUCCACUCACAGCACGCACCCAAGCCCCUGCAGCAGUCAUGGCUGGGUAUAUGCAGGGCACAAGUCCUAAGGAGAAAAGUGCCUACAGCACUCUGCGGUGAUGCCAGCCUGCCUUGCGUCCGUAACUAUCGUAGCGUGCUCCCAGUCUGUGACAAACGCACAGCAAUUCAACCAUUACACAGUUCUCUUCCCUCCCUUACGAGCCCUGUCCGCUCUCUCCAGCAAGUUCAUUCCCCACUGCUGGGCACUGGCAGGCUCGCGCUGUGCCAGGCUCGCAGCCUGUCACCCAGACACGCUGAGGGCAGCUGUCGGGGGGGGGGGGGGGGGGGGGGGGGGG